AGUACUAGUUGUACAUCAGACAUGGACGAAGCUACGGAAGAAUCAAGAGCACAGAUGACAUCUUCUUGUUCCAGUCUUGGUCUAGUUCUUAAAGAAGGGCGACUGCCUCCCGAUAAGGAUGAAAUGCCUCAGACCCCCCGUGCCGAUGUCCGGUGGUACCAGAGACAGGACCUGUGGGUCUGGCUGUACGGGAUGGUUUUCAUUGGCGGCCUGAUAGGAGCCAUAUUCGGAAUCGGCAGUUACAGGGGUUGGUACGCGCCUGUCGGGUUCGCCUAUAACGUCACCAACACGACCCGACAGCGGUUCUUACCGGAGCCGUACGUCCUGGAGCCCGGGGUCAAGGGCAGACAGCAUCCGGGCUCAGAUGGUCGCUGGUACUUCUGGAAGCUGCGGCCAGAACUGGUGACUCCGUGGACUCAACUGUUCGUGUGGGGCUGUUACACCGUCCACCAGCUGCUGGCCUGGUGGCUCCUGUACCUGGCACAGGUCAACCAACAGUCCCAGAAGGGUAAGAAGUACUCCCCGCGGCUGAGUAAGUACAACUGGGCAGCUGUGGCCGUGCACACCUUCUUCCACCUGAUGCACCUGGCGCAGACGCACGUGACGUACGACGCAACCGCACAGGACGUGACAAUCGGGAGUUCUCAGGGCUCGGUUAUCGUUGCUCUGCUGUUUGUGAUGAUCAUAGAGUUCCGGGACAGAGGCGUGUUCUUCGGCUGGCCAAACGUCAAAAGCACAGAUAAAAUCGGAAAAGCCAUGCGGUCCUGGUCACGUGAGUCCGUGAGCCUUAUAAGGAAGUACCACGGUUACCUCAUCAUGUGGGCUGCAGUCUACACCUUCUGGUACCAUCCAAUGGAAAACACGCUGGGUCACGUGAUGGGGUUUUUCCACACCUGGAUUCUGAUGCUUCAAGGAAGCCUCUUCUACACAGAUCUUCACCUCAACAGAUACUGGCGGUUCACCCUGGAGGUUUGGGUGACUCUACACGGCGGGCUGGUGGCCUGGCAGACCGGCGGACCGGACCAGAUGGGCACCAAGCUGUGGCCCAUGUUCACUUUCGGGUUCGCCACGCUCAUAGUGCUCACUCAGAUCUUCACCCUGCCGUUCUGGAGGCAUCUGCCGGCCUGGUCGCGCGGCGUCCCAGCCCUUCUGUACCUGGGCGUGCUGCUGUACUGCUACAGCUGGAUACCUGACGAAAACGGGCGGCCAUGGACACGCCUUCGGGAACCCUUCCUCAUCCCGCUCAACCAGUAUCUCUUUCCGCUCGUCAUAUGUGGCCUUGUCACCUUUGGCCUUUACGUCGAACGUAAAGUGGCCAAUGGGAAGGGAGGGCGUAGUUUGAGUGAUUUGGGGAGGGUGGGGUAUCUAGUAGCGUCCUUGUGUAUGUAUGUUAUCAUAGUGGUACUUUCGUGGUCGCUGCAGUACUACGAUGCCCCGAUACCAGGACCUGCUAUGAUGUUCGUGCAUGUGCCUGUGUUUAUAAUCUUCGCUGUCGUGUCCGCAUUCCUGGUGAAAAGAGUGGUGGAAGCUCCGGGAGAGAAGGUCAAGGUUUGUCCAAACACGGAGAGUGGUGAGAUUCCAGGAAAAGGAAUUCCCGGAACGUUCUAUGGCCAGGUCAGCGUGAUCGAACUGGAACAAGGGCAGCUGCAGCUUAAGGAGUCCGCCUUAAAGUGA